AUGGUUUAUAUUCCAACAUUGAUCAAAUACGCCACUGCAUUCACUGCAACUUCAUUCACUUCAAAAAAUUAUUUUAAACAAUAUGAAGAUUCUUCAAUAAUUACCACUGAACAAGAUAAUUUUGGUCUUAGAACUGAUAAAUUCCCUAAUGGAUUCAAUGAUUUGAUAAAGAAAUUGGAUAGUAAAAAUGCUGAAGAUCCUUCUAAAAAGAGGAAAUUAAUCUUUUUAGCAAGACAUGGUGAAGGAUGGCAUAAUGUUUUAGGAAAUGAAUUAAAAGAUUGGAAUGAUAUUUCUAAACAUGAUACAUAUGAAAAUUAUACAUUAUUUGAUGCUGAUUUAACUCCAAAAGGUGAAUCUGAAAUAAAAGACUUACAUCAAUAUUGGGUUAAACAAUUAAAUGAUGGUUCUGUACCUUAUCCUGAAACUUUUUAUGUUUCUCCAUUAACUAGAACCAUUCAUACUUUCAAUUUAACAUUUCAAAAUGAAUCCAUUAAUGCUUUGAUUGAUGAAGAUUUAAGAGAACGUUAUGGUGAACAAACUCCAGAGAAGAGACAUAACAAGACAUAUAUACAUGAGGUUUUAUUACCACAAGGUUCAUUUAUUGAACCAUUCACAGAACAAGAUGAGCUUUGGAAACCUGAUGAAGAGGAAUCAAACAAACACGUUAGAGAAAGAGUCACCAAAUGGUUAACACAGUUAUUUGAAGAUGAUGAAUUGGUUAUAAGUGUAACUAGUCAUGGUGGUACGAUUUCACAAAUUUUAAAAGUGAUUGGCCAUCCAAAAUACUCGUUGAAGCCUGGACAGUUGAUUCCCGUUGUUGUGAAGGCGAAAAGCAAAUAG